AUGAACAAAGCAUUAACCCAUUACACCAGGACCAUUUCCUAUGCAGGAUGUGCUACACAGGUAUUUCUGAUUUUCUUCUUCCUUGGAGCAGAGUAUUCCCUCCUGACCAUCAUCAGCUACGACCGCUACGUGUCCAUCUGCAAACCCCUGCACUACGGGACCCUCCUGGGCAGCAGAGCUUGUGCCCACAUGGCAGCAGCUGCCUGGGCCAGUGCCUUUCUCUAUUCACUGCUGCACACAGCCAAUACAUUUUCCCUGCCCCUGUGCCAUGGCAAUGCCCUGGGCCAGUUCUUCUGUGAAAUCCCCCAGAUCCUCAAACUCUCCUGCUCACACUCCUACCUCAGGGAACUUGGGCUCAUUGCUGUUAGUGCCUGUUUAGGACUCAGUUGUUUUGUGUUCAUUGUUUUCUCCUAUGUGCAGAUCUUCAGGGCUGUGCUGAGGAUCCCCUCUGAGCAGGGACGGCACAAAGCCUUUUCCACCUGCCUCCCUCACCUGGCCAUGCUCUCCCUGUUCCUCAGCACUGCAGCAUUUGCUCACCUGAAGCCCCCCUCCAUCUCCUCCCCAUCCCUGGAUCUGGCAGUGUCAGUUCUGUACUCAGUGGUGGCUCCAGCCCUGAACCCCCUCAUCUACAGCCUGAGGAACCAGGAGCUCAAGGCUGCAGCCUGGAGACUGAUGACUGGAUGGUGUCAGGGACAUUAA